AUGGAGGAGGCGACGUUGCGUGCCAAGAUUCAGGCGAUGAAGAACCUUUUAAAAGCAAAAGAGCAGAUCGGGAAUGGAAAGACAACAUUUUCAUCUACCAGUUACGACUCGACGCGGUCUCAUUACGCUUAUAAUCAGUCGAAAAACUAUACGCACUCGACGCCAGUAAAUCGCUCGUGGAAUCGCUUUAAAUCACCAGCAACAGCCGUGAAUCGGAGUCACAUGAGCGUUAAAAGUGCUAAUAAAGUGUGGAAAAAAGAGAAUACAUCGAUUACUACGACGGUGUCGGUAGUGUCGCCUCUUAAGGACAAGGAGAAGGAGAAGGCGUUGAAGAUGAAGGCAAAGAAUACAACGUGGAUGAAACCUGUGAAGAUGGUGGCAAACCAAAGCAAGAGCAUGCAGCUGCUUCGACUGGAAGACGGUGACUACUCGAAAGCUAAGGACGGCUUUAGUCUUGUCCGUGCUGGAGUGAAAAAGCCUACGGUUACACGACAUUCUGAUGGAGUUGCAGCUUCUUCUCCUUCCAACAGCAGUAAGCUGAGCUGCUAUUCUGUGAAUAUUGGUGGUGUAAAGUAUGUGGUUGCAAACGAAGGCAAAGCGCUGAAACGAUGUUCAGCGGAGGGACGCAAGAUGACUACCAAUUAUAGAGCAGGCUCAAAAAUGAGUUUAGCAACCAAGACCGAGGCUGCUCGUGCCGCGUGA